AUGGCCUGGGGGGCCACACGCCUGCUAUGGCCUGUCCUACUGGUGCUCCUGGCCUCAGGGCAGGGGACAGGGUGGUGCCAUGGCCGGCGCUGUGCUCUGGAGCACAACCUGAAUGCACAGAAGACAGAGUUUCUGCCUGCCCUGAAGGGUGAGACUGUCUCUGCGAGGUGCCGGCACCAGCAAUCCCAACGUUGGCAGGUGAAAAGCUGGUGCAGGCAGACAGUAGCCAGGACAUAUACGGUCGUCGUGGACAGUUCCAGGACAGCGUCUGGGAAGCCUCGCUUUUCCAUCCAGGACGAUGGCUCCUCUGGCGUCUUCACCGUCACCAUGACUGAACUCAGGGUAGAGGAUUUGGGGUUCUAUUGGUGUGUAAUCUACAAAUUUCCUGAGAUCUCUAUUCUCAGAGUCAUCCAUCUGGUGGUAUCUCAAGGGCUUCUCGGGCUUCUCAGAGUCCUCGCUUGCUCUGGGCCACGUGUGGGUGCCUCCCACCCGGGACAGGGGGCUGGAAGAGGGUUCUUCCCUCAGUGUCAUCUCUUACAGCUUCAACACUAGCCACCACCAAGGGCACCAGGAGCACCAGGAGGGCAACGGUCCUGGCCUCUGCCACCAGCCCUGUCACUGACAGGACCUGUUAAAAUGCACUCGUCAUCUGGCAGAACUGUUUGUCAGUGUGCCCUGCACUCACCGCACCUCAGAGAGAAGGGUCGAGGUUAAGGAGACGGAAUAAGAACGGUGGAGGGAAGAAUGCUGGGA